AUGUCCGGCGAGGCGUGGUUAUACCUGUUGGCGGUAUUGAUUAAUGCCGUCAACCUAUUUCUGCAGGUUUUCUUCACGAUUAUGUACAGCGAUCUCGAGUGUGACUAUAUUAACCCCAUCGAUCUCUGCAACCGUCUCAACACCUAUAUCAUCCCCGAGGCCGCUGUUCAUGGCGUCCUAACCUUCCUAUUCCUCAUCAACGGCUACUGGGUUGCGCUUGUGCUCAAUCUACCACUCCUCGCAUUCAACAUUAAGAAGAUUGUGGAUAACGCACAUCUUCUUGACGCCACGGAGAUCUUUAGGAAACUCAAUGUUCAUAAGAAGGAAUCAUUCAUUAAACUUGGUUUCCAUCUCAUCAUGUUCUUCUUCUACCUUUACAGCAUGAUUGUUGCUCUCAUCCGUGAUGAGUCACAUUGA